CCAACCAGGUGGGCGGCAAGCUCGGCGCAGGGCAGGGCAGCGCCAGAAGCGCCUCACCCCCGCACGAGGGGCUGCCACCUUUCCCUGCCGCACAGCACGCGCCGAAACCGAAAGCGAAAGGGCGGCCCAACGGCCCAACGGCCGCGCCUCGGGGGGCCGCGCGCGCCGCGGCCUCGCCCCGCCCCCGCCGCCCGCAGGUGAGCGCCGGCCCCGGGGCGGUGCUGCCGGGCGGAGCCCGCCUCGCCUGACCCCUGCGCUGCCUGCGCGCCCCCCGCCGCCGCCCGGCCAGAUGCAUCGUUGGCCUGCUACUCAGUCCCUGAGCUGAAGGAUCCGUAGACUGCUUUUUGUCUGGUCCUUUACUUUCCAAAUCUGCCCCGGGUGUUCAGAUGCAGGAGUGAAAGCUCCUUCUGGAACGGUAGUCAGUGUCCCUGAAGGGUUGACCCAAGGACCAUUUCAUCCUGCAAGAAUCAGUUAGCAAGAUCUGCAUAGGCUUCCUCUUAACAGGAAACAUGUCUGAAAUUGACUAUGAGAAGUUAGCUGAAAUAGAAUUGCAGAAAGAUGAAGCAGAAGAUGCACAGUCUGACCAGGAAAAAACAUUCAUUCCACCACAACUGGAGGAUCCUGAGCUAAAUAUUAAUCACCCCUACUAUGAUGUUGCAAGACAUGGCAUCAUCCAAUUAGGAGGUGAUGACAAUUCUGGAAGGAAGGUGAUUACUUUCAGUUGCUGCCGUAUGCCUCCCUCCCAUCAGCUCAAUCACACCAGAUUGCUGGAGUAUUUAAAGUAUACUCUGGACCAGUAUGUAGAGAAUGAUUAUACGGUUGUCUACUUUCACUAUGGCCUGAAGAGUCAGAAUAAACCAUCUCUGAAAUGGUUGCAAACUGCCUACAAAGAAUUUGACAGGAAGUAUAAGAAAAACCUUAAAGCACUGUAUGUUGUACAUCCAACCAACUUCAUAAAAAUUCUGUGGAAUAUUUUUAAACCUCUUAUAAGCCAUAAGUUUGGGAAAAAAGUCACCUACUUGAACUAUUUAAGUGACCUGAGAGAGCAUCUCAAAUAUGACCAGCUUAAUAUCCCUCAAGAAGUCAUCCGACAUGAUGAAAAUCUUCGGGGGAAACAGAAGGGAAAACUGCCACCUGUGGUGAAGAUUCCUCCACCAAGACCACCUCUACCUACCCAGCAAUUUGGGGUCAGCCUGCAAUAUCUCAGGGACAAAAAUAAAGGUGAACUAAUCCCACCAGUGCUGAAGCAAACUGUGUCCUACCUAAAAAGAAAAGGACUGCGAGUAGAGGGCCUCUUCAGAAGGUCAGCCAGCAUCCAAACUAUCAAAGAUGUUCAGAAACUCUACAAUCAGGGCAAGUCUGUGAAUUUUGAUGACUAUGAUGAUAUCCAUAUUCCUGCUGUUAUCCUAAAGACUUUCCUUAGGGAACUCCCUGAGCCAUUGCUAACCUUUGAGUGUUAUGAUCAUAUCCUUGGAAUCACCAGUGUGGAGAGCAGUUUACGAGUAACCAGAUGUAAACAAAUCAUUCAAGGACUUCCUGAGCACAAUUACGUUGUUCUGAAAUAUCUGAUGUGCUUUCUCCAUAUGGUUUCACAGGAAAACAUAUAUAACAGAAUGACAGGAUCCAACCUAGCCUGUGUCUUUGGCUUGAAUUUGAUCUGGCCAUCUCAAGGAACAGCCUCUUGGAGUGCUUUGGUACCUCUAAAUCUCUUCACUGAACUACUGAUAGAUUUCUACCUGAAUAUAUUCAACUCCCGAACAGUGCCUGGUGAGGUCUUACCUUAGCGCUCCUAGGAAAGGAAACAGGGUGUGGCUGCCUGGAGGAAGAGUCUCCAUGUCUGAAUUUAUGUGAGCUUUAUAGUCAGGGCUCUCUCUUGCAAAGAACACUUUCGAUAAGCAGUGAAGUUUCUAUAACUUUCCAAAUACCAAAGGUGUUGGGAGAAGCACACUUCCCCAUAUACUCUCUUCACGUGGGAGAAUAUGUAUAUAAAUGUUCCAAGACCAAUAGCUAAAAAAAAUUCACACCACUGGAUGCCUCUCUGUCAUUUCUUUAGGGAUCUGAAGACCUCACUAUGUGACAUUAUUUUCUGAGGCCACACAGAGCUAAGUUCUAGACCACUCCUGAUUGUACAACCUUUUUUUUUUAUUACUUAUUUGGUAACAGGUUUGUUACAAGUUUAUCUAAUAAGUGAAUAAAGACAAUCAGUUUUUAAGAUACUAAAAUUUUUAUAACUAUUUCUCGAUACAUUUAAGUGCCUUGCUUUUCACAAGAAGUUGUGUGCAGUUGUGACACAUCAGGUUUGCAACUGCUGUGGAGAAUGAAGUAUUUCCUGGAUAAUUUAAGCUGUGCAGACAGCUAGCUAAUUAUGCUUGCAAAUAUCUAAUAUGCCCAGUUAAUCACUGUAGCUGCACAUGCAAAGUUUAUGGAAGAUUUUUUGUAAGUUCUAAUGGGGAGUUCAAAUCUUAUGUUUUUUCUUUAAAUACUUGUACAUUUUGUUUAUAUCAGUGACUGCAUAAUUCAGAAUAUAGAACAACUUUGUCUGAGAAGACAUUCCUUAUGUUUGGGCUGCAUGCUUUUGGAAUUUGAGUUGACAGAAAUUUGCUCUUCAGAUCAGUUUCUCUAAAAAGCAGCAACAGCAACAACUUGGACAAUAUACCUAAAUAACAAGGGAAAUUUCAGUGUUUUCUUUUUAACUGUGCCAUUAAUAUUGCUUGUAUUUGAUGAACUCUUUAACGCGCUGCUCGUUCAGUGUUUAACGCUGAUAAUGGCAUGGUGUAACGGGGUUAUCAUUAUGGUUGCUUGCAAAGCAAAAGAAAAUGAACCAGUGGCGACAAAGGUGAGCAGUAUUUUCCCUAACGGUCUGGUCUUCCUGCUCCUGUAGAAAGCUACUGAAAGAGAGGGACCAUUCAGACUUUAAUAAAACUGGAGGCCAGUUUAGCCAUCCCCUCCUCUGCAAACACAAAGCCACUUUUUAUCCUGUAGCUUCUAGGCGGUUGAGAGUUUGUAUUUCUCGCCUGCAUCUCAGCUGUUAUGAAUUACCCAUCUAUAUAAAGGGUGUAACAAAACCAUACUGCAGUGGAUAAAAGAUGGUUUGUUUUUGUCAGCAAUUUAGGGAAAUAACCUAGUAUUCGGAAAGCCAUGAAAUGCUGGAGGUGUCAGGCCUUCAUUUGCCCAGUAGGUGUCAUCUGUAGCAUUAGGCAAUGAUUAAAAUUUGAAAAAUACAGAGGCUUUGGAGCAAGAUAUUUUAGGACAAGCUUCUCAAAUUGUAGUCAUGUCUUUUGCCCAGUUCCUCAAGUGUCCCAAGGACAACUUUUCACUCUCCAAUGUCUGUAAGUAAUAAGCAAACGUUAUUUCUAUUUAAAUGUAAAAUAUUGCAUAAUACAAAGAGAAUAACACAUAUUCAUGACUGUCGCGUUUCAGCAAAAGGAGAUUGCAAAAGAUAAAGCUGUCUAUAAGUUUUGUACUGCAACUAGUCUCAAUUUUAGACCUGAAUUAUCAGUGACAUCAUUGUAGUCUGUUGUAUUAUGAAAAACAAACCCAAUUAUGUGCAGUGCUGCUCAGUGAUUUAGCAGCGCGGUUCUGUGAAUCAGCACCAUGUACUUACGGAGGAGGAAUUUGGCCUUGAGCCAACGGCUGAGGCUAGGAAUCAGCGAAACCUCAGUAUUUUGCUACUAUGACUAACUCUCUGACCUCGGUCAAAAUAUGUAUGCCUUAGUUUCACUGUCUGUAAAAGGAAGUAGCAUGUGGCAUUUGAAAAGUGCUUUGGGAUUAAAUGUUGAGGAGUACUACAAAAUAGUUGUAUUUCAUUUUCCCAUGUUUCCCUGCAAAAAUCCAGCAAAAUUAAAGGACAUUUUAAAUUUA